UCAAAAGUUUUAGAGAAGGGUAUACUACACUACAUUGAAUUAUUAGUGUUAUUGUUCUUGAACCUUGAAAUGAUCCGGUGUGAUUCAUGUGUCUCAGAUUUAAUGGAAGACUCGUCUACAAACCAUGAAUUAAAUGCUCAUAUAGAUGUGCCGGAAAAUUGGAUCCCUCAUAUUGGCAUGGAAUUUGAUUCGGUGGACGAUGCUUGGAUUUUUUGGUUAAAUUAUGGGGGAAAGAUAGGUUUUAAUGUUCGUAAACAUUGGGAAAACAAGAGUAAGAAGGACGGACUUGUGACAUCUAGAAGAUUUUUAUGUGCAAAAGAGGGUUACCGUGGUCUUGACAAGCGAGAUAACUUGACAAAAAAUCCCAGAGCCGAAAGAAGAACAGGUUGCAAGGUUCGUCUUGGUAUCUCUUUAGAUAAAACCACUGGAACUUAUCGAGUUCAUGAUUUUGUAUCCGAACAUAAUCAUGUACUCCAUUCGCAAGAAACUAGUCACUUACUGUCAUCACAAAGAAAAAUAACUGAAGUACAAGCUAUUGAAAUUGAACUUGCUGAUGAUUUUGGUAUUCAGCCUAGAGCAGCACAUGAGUUCAUUGGUGCACAUGUGGGUGGAACACCCAAUCUUGGCUACACCCGUCGAGAUCACAAAAAUUAUUUAAGGAGUAAGCGCCAAAGAGAUAUGAUGUAUGGGGAAGCUGGAAGUUUGUUAAGGUACUUUCACUCUCAAACAAUGGAGAACCCUUCUUUCCAGUAUUCAGUUCAGCUGGAUUGUGAAGAAAAAAUAACAAACUAUUUUGGGCAGAUGCAAAAAUGA